AUGAAGACAUAAGAUUUUAAAUCCAACCAAAAAUCUGGCGAUAUUGAAUCACAAAUGCCUAAAUAAGGUUAGAAGGAACAAAGAUCAAAUAAGGAAAAUUCACCUGAAAGAUCGUAGCAAAAUAUUUCAACGAGCUCAAACAAUAUUGAUAAAAUAAACAAUACUUUAAAUAGCUCGAAUUUUGAAAUUGGAGACAGAUUGCCAAUGCAAAAAAUCUAAGUUAUAAAAUAAAAUUCAUCACCAAAGAACAACGUUAUCUCUAAUUAUUUAAGCUAAGGAAUUAGGUCUGUUCGUGUUCUCACUUAUAACAUCUUUCUAAGACCUCCACCAAUCAAGAACAAUAAAGACGACUACAAAAAUGAGAGAACUAAGCUUUUUCUCAAUUCAAUAAGUGACUUUGAUAUUGUUUGUCUUUAGGAAUUGUUUGGUUUUCUCAACCAACGCAAACACAAAAUUAUAUUCAAUGCUAUGAAACAAGGAUUCUUCUAUCAUGCAACAUCACCUUCUCCUUCCUUUUUUAGCUCCUACUUGGUAGAUGGAGGAUUAGUAACAAUUUCUAGAUUUCCCAUCAUAGAAAAGUCGUACAGACCUUUUAAAUAUGGAGUCCUCUCAGAUAAUUUAUCAUAGAAGGGUGUUCUAUACACAAAAAUUUAAGCAAACGAUUCGUAUAUUCAUCUUUUUAACACACAUCUUCAAGCUAGUUACGUAGGUGCUGAAAAUAAUGUGAAAGCUACAGUUAUCACAAGAGUAGACCAACUUAUUUUGAUAAAAGACUUCAUAAAAGAAUAAGUAAAAAAGCACAGAGAAAAGGAGAGUGAUAUUAUUAUGAUUUGUGGUGAUUUCAAUGUUAAUGCUCGUCCCUAAACUUAUCCUAUUCAUUAUUUAAAUGAUGUUCCUGAUAUUUAAGAAUAUAUCAGAAAAAUAAACCCAAAAGAAUUUAGUGAGUAUGACAUCCUUAGAUACAUUCUAUCUGACUUUGAAAGUAUAGAAUUCAUAGAUACAUUAAGGAGAAAAUUUAAAGGUGAGUCUCCCAUUACUUAUGCCGAUACUUACAUUGAUAGGGAAACUUAAUAAGAACUACCAAUGGAAGAGGCUCUAACAAUAAAAGAGGAUUUACUCCAAAAAUCAUGCUUAGACUAUAUUAUUCAAUUGAAAAUUCCGAUUGAAGCAAAAGAAGUAUAAGAAAAUAACAACAACAACAACAAUAACAACGAAAAUGAAGAAGAUGAUAUUGAAGAAUUCAAAAUGAAAAAAUCAAAUGCGCAAUCUCAAAGUGGAUUUGUUUUUGAUUACGAAUAAGUUUUCUUAGAAAAAUUCUUUGUAAAAAACUAACCAUUUACAUAGUUAAGCGAUCAUUAUGGUGUUUACACAACCCUGAGAUACGUAAAUGUAAACUAAAAAAGUAGUUUCCAAUUUAAAGAGUCUGUUAUAUCUUCUUAGGAUAAAAAAAAUAUAGAUAAUAAAAAUUAGCACAGCUUUAACAAUGCAAGUUUGAAUGAAUGA